CAUUUUUCGCGAAGACGACUCGCCAUCUUUUCGGGGCUGCAUUCGACCCCCGAAUUCGAAAAGGUUGUCGAGUAGAGCCCGGGAAAUUCACCCCAUCUAUUUCAAGUACAGAUCCAAUACAUACGUGGAAGUAUCAUAGAUAUUCGACCGCGUCUCCCCAAUGGGAAAGGGAGCCCGCGCUGUGCUGCAGAUGCUGACAGACUCCAAAAUCGUGGAGCACAAGCACCCCGCGUAUUAUUACAACGUGUACAUGUAUAUAUAAUAUUUAAAUCGCACAAUGCAAAUAAAUCAACAACAACAGCAACGACGAGAACAACGGGUAGGGGGAAUAAAUAAAUAUAUGAGAAAAUAAAUUUCACACAAAAAUUCAUCCGUAUCGUUGAAAUAUUUUUCAUAUUAUACACUCCGUUAAUUUAUCAAUAACGUUCGUCGCAAUCACAAUUUACUUUGUUACUAUUUUUUUUUCCUUCAAUUUUCUCUCAUAUAUGUGCGUUUUUCACGUGAGACCCGGGGAGAAGUAUUUAAUUAAAGUUCGACCAUCCCCUAAAUUUAUUUGAUCAUUUAUUAUUAUUUUUACAAUUUGUUUCAUUUUACCGCAAAGCAUAUCACAUGUAAAAAAUAUGUUCACGAUUUAAACGAUUCAAGCAGGCUGCCAAUGAUUUCGAAAUUUUAUUAACGAUGAUCGUGAGGUGAAGAAAAAAAUAUUGUGAAACCUUAAAAAAUCAGUGUUCAAAAAUGAAAUAAACCAAACGGAUUAGAAAAAAAUGUCCAAGCAUUAGCUGACGAACGGAUAUUGAACAUGGUAUAGAAUAAAUAACGUAAAAUGAAGAAACGACUGGUACUAGGAUUUGCCUGCGCUAUUUUUCUUUUUAUUAUUGUGAUGUCAAGUGACACGGAUAUCAUGCAAAGGCUUACACCUUUCCUGGGAUAUCCUCAGGAAAGAGACAUAUCAUGCUAUGAGGAAUUGCCCAGCAAUAUCGAUGGAAUCGAAGAACUUGAAAAUGAAAGAGAAUCUGAAACUCCGGCCGGUGGGAGAAAUAUAUUUUUCCACGAGACCUCGUGUUUUGGGGAAGAAGGUGCAGUUUUAAACGCAAGACAGGCGUGCGCCGUUGAAUCGGCGGCGAAGAUGAAUCCAAAAAUGACGAUUUACCUGCUGUUCGUGAGCCCGGUUAAAUUUUCAAACGCAUCAAAAGAAAUCGUGAGGCAACUGACGUCCUACGAUAAUAUCAGAAUACGACAUAUCUUGAUGGAAAAGUAUACGAAAGGGACACCGCUCGAAGAAUGGUACGCGAGCGAUAUAUUGAAAAAGAGUUUAUGGCCCCGAAGUCACAUGUCGGAUAUACUCAGAUAUCUGACACUGUGGAAAUACGGUGGAAUUUAUUUGGACCUAGAUGUGGUGGUGAUGACUUCUCUGGAGGGUUUUACGAAUUUCGCCGGUGCCGAAGACUGGGAAGAUGUCGCCGCGGGUGUUCUGGGCUUCGGAACCACGGGUUUGGGCAGAAGAAUGGCCGAUGCUUGUCUCAGAGAUUUGAAAACCAAUUUCCGAGGCGAUGUUUGGGGCAACAAUGGCCCCGGCGUAAUUACUAGAACCCUGCAAAAAAUUUGCGCUACAAAAUACGCACGCGAUAUGAACACCGUGAGGUGUCACGGUUUCACCGUUCAUCCACCAUCGGCGUUUUACCCGAUUCCUUACAAAAAAUGGAAACGUUAUUUCGAAAAGAAGAACAAAAACGCGACGAUGAAACUACUGGAGAAAUCGCGUGCCAUUCACGUCUGGAAUAAAUUGAGCAGAAAUGAAAAUGUCACCGUAGGAAGUCAAGUUCCUUACGGUUUGAUUGCUCAAAAAUAUUGUCCUAAGGUUUACAAGCACUGCGGUAAGAUUUUUUAAUAGGUGAUCUGGGUGUAGCUCCUACUGAAAUAAAUUAGACUUCGACAGCGGAGACGAAAUAUAAUAUCAAAUAUUAUACGUACGAAAUUUAAAUCAUGAUCACAUUUCGACGCUGCGACUUUGAAAAUAGAAGCAUUUUAUGAGAGAAAAACAAAAAAAUAGUAAGCGAAUAAUAGAUUUUUCAAACACGUUUUUGAAACGGUAUUUCUGUGUUGACUUUAGGUAACAACAAUAAAAGUAAAUACCUAAUAAUAAUUUAAUAUAUUUAUUACCUAAUAAUUAUGUAAGGUAAAUAAAAUCAUAUCUUCAAUCGCAUAUGAAAUGCUGUAAUUUUAUUGUACGUAUUAUUUAUUAUAUUUGGGGAUAUUAUACGCGAAAGAAUGUAUAAAAAUUCCAAUCGUAAUUUUGAAAAAUAUAUAAAUAUAUUUAUUAAAAAUCCGCCAUUAAAAAAGCAAAGAAAUUUUAUACAUAAUCAAGGAGAUAAUCAUAUCGAGAACAAAAAAAAAAAAAAAACCAGACCAAUAAUAUUUAGUGCGAAGGAAUUUUUACUUUCCAAAAAAAAAAAAAUAUCUGUUAAGAAAAAGCCGACAGGAUUUCAUAUAGAUUAACAAUAUCCGCGUUGAUGGGGAAGCUCAAAUUAUUACAAUGAAAAAAAAAGCAUUAAGACGAAGCAAGAAAGAAAAAAUUGGGCUCAAGAGAUUGUUUGACAAUUAAUUAUUGUUUGUAUAAUAUGUAUAUCUAUAUUACCUUGUGAUAUUUAUAAUGAAUGUAAAAGUAAUUGAUAAAUUAAUAAGAAAAUAAGAACAUCACCAUAUCGAUUUUCAGCAGACUUAAAAACGCUGCUCACAGAUAUCAAAUUUGAACAAUAACGAGUUGUAUUCUCGAUGUAACCAGAUUACAGAGAGAAAAAAAAUCGUUUGAUGAAAACGGUAAAACUAUACACAAUUUUUAUAAUGUUACCACUUUUAUGUACCUAUAUCCACGGAUGCUAUAAAUAUGUAAAAAUAAAAUGCGUAUCAUACAAUUUA